UCUUAUAGUAAUUCCGCUUUCGAUUCGAAUAUAACAGGCAUCUUCGCAAGUUUUUUCCUAAGUUUAGGUAUUUAACUAAAUAUUAUUAUUAUUAUCGAAUGAAAAUCUGACUACCGGUCACUCGAAAAAAAAAAUACUUAGGUGCUGCAGCAGCAUAGUAAUUUAUGAAUUGCCCGCGUAUGGAUUUACCCAAAUCUGAAGAGAUGGUGGAAGCACUGUCGACCAGUUUUCAAAACCUCUACAACAAGUACACCAGAUCGGAAAAUGGGCCGCAGGACGACCUCAGGCGCGAGGUGUACAUAGUACCGGUGAACAAUAACACAGCCGUCGCCGCUGAAGACGCUCAGAAUCAGUUCCUCUUGCAGCGAUACCGUCCAAAGGUCCGCAGGGCGUUCACGUUCGACGCCAAACACCUGUGUCAGGCAAAAAAUCAAAGAUGGGAAAUCAUGAGACAGAGCAGACUGCGCGUGUCCUCGGGACAGUGUUGUUCGGUCUGCAUACCCAACAUUUCGUUUAAUAAUUCAAAAGCCGUGUCAAAUUUAAAGAACUUAUUGGACAUAUACAACAUCAGUGCCACUCGAAAGUCGAUGUUUGGUUGUUUCAUCGACGAUUUAAAGUUUUUCUAUCAGCUCAAACGCCAAGAGUACAAAUAUAUAUACGAUGAAGUUUUGGAAGAUGAAGCUGUGGAGAAAGCAAUUGCUGCAGCUGCACGUGAUGCGUGUUCUGGUGAUGCGGUGGUUGGAGAUAGUCGUUUCGACGAGGAGAUGAGAACACAGCAAGCAAACACAAGACGCAUACUAACAGUCAUAAGUGCAAACGUUAAAAAUUGGGUUUACAAGGUAAUCGGUUGGUUCACAUACCGUAUGAUAUCGUUACUGGCCACCAGCCUUGUGGUGCAGCCCCUUCAAAUUGACAGGGUCAGGGAAGCCGAACAGAGUGGCUUACCCGUUAUUUAUUUACCGUUACACAAGAGUCACAUGGACUAUAUACUUUUGGGAUUGGUAUUGACAGUAAAUAACAUCAAACCACCUCUGGUAGCUGCUGGAGAGAACCUCAGGGUUUUCUUUAUUAGUAAAUUGUUGAGUUUCUUGGGAGCAUUUUACAUCAAAAGACAAGUAGAUACAAAAAAAGAUCAACUCUACUGGUCAGUUUUGAGUAGCUAUAUUAAAAACAGUAUGAAAAGUGGACAUCAUAUAGAAUUCUUUUUAGAAGGUGCCAGAACUCGAAGUGGAAAGUGUUGCGUUCCUAAAGCUGGUUUAUUGAGUAUCAUAGUGGAAGCUUACCAUGAAAAAGUUAUUGAAGAUGCGUGGAUUGUACCCGUGUCUAUGAACUAUGAUCGAAUAUUGGAAGGUAAUUUUGUCAGAGAACAACUUGGCCAACCAAAAAAGAAGGAAACUUUUUACGCCGCAAUUUCGACAUUUAUUAAAGCUAUUUGUUCACACUAUGGAAUAAUGAGGGUGGAUUUUAAUAAACCUUAUAGAUUACGAGAUUUGUACGAAUCAAUUGAUAAAUUGACACAAUUAGAAAACGAAUCUUUAAAUAAGAAUGGUAUGGAAAUGAUGUCUGCUACUGUUCGCUAUAAAAAUACAGUUGACAGAAUGGCAAAACAUAUAGUUUAUGAUUGUUGGAAAUCAAGUCCUAUAAUGUCAACACAUGCUGUGUGUUUUUUACUUUUGAAUAAGCAUAGAAAUGGUACUACUUUAGAACAAUUGUCCAAGGAUUUAUCGAUGAUGCGUGAUAAGCUUUCUCAAUCAGAUAGAGAUAUUGGUUUCAGUGGAAGGUCCAUAGAUGUUAUCAAACACGCUCUUGAUCUCUUAGGGCCAAAAUUAGUUGUGUAUGAAAAUACUGACUCUGGCCGUAUUGUUAAACCAAUUCUUGAUGUACCAGUCUUAAUAGAACUGUCAUAUUACGCAAAUAAUCUUAUUUCCCAUUUUAUGCAUCAAUCAUUAGUAGCUCUUACAAUAUGUAAAUUAGUCAGUUUGGACAUUUGGAACAGUGGUAUUACAGAAACGAAAAUCUCAAGAAAUGACUUAGUUGAAGAUGUAUUAUUUCUUAUCAAUUUAUUGCAAUUUGAUUUUGUUUUUAUUAAACCUUGUGAUAAUUUGGAUAAUAUUGUGGAUAAAGUGAUUAGACAUUUUGAGGAAGAAGAAAUUAUUUUGAUGGAUAUGAUGCUUGAAGAAGAGAGGCAUAGCCAAAAUAUUGCAAAAUUGUUAGAUAGUGAUUCCGAUGAUGAGUAUCAACGGACAUAUGUUGAAAUUGAUGUUAAAUACCGUAUUAACACUAAUGCAAGCAGUUUAAAUCAAUUAAAGUUUUAUCGAUCAGUUAUGAUGCCAUACUUAGAAUGCAUGGCUGAAAGUGCUGGAAGUUUUCUUGCUUUAUCAGAAAAUUCAGUGAUAGAACGUGACCACGUACAAAUAAUUUUGAAUCAAAUGCAUGAGAAUUUGGAAGAGGGAAUAUUAUCUUAUGGUGAAAGUAUAUCUGUGGAUACCAUCAAACACUCAUUUUUGGCGUUUGAAAAGUUCAACUGUCUACAAAUCACAACAAAAGACAAUAUCAAGACAUUGAAUAUCAUUAAUAAUCAACCCAGUGAGUUAAAUCCAAGUAUGCAGGUCAUGUCAGAAUAUAUCGAGGGAUUUGUUAAACAAAUGAAUUAAAACUGUAAAGUAUUGUGUGUUUGUUAACAUAAUUUAAAACUGAAUUGUACAAUUUAAUUACAAUAAAUUGUAUUAACUGGUUUAUGGAUUU